UUAAAGUGUCCAUGGAGCUGUGGUAUCUCUGUGAAGCCAGAAGAAAUUCACAGCUGGGAAAAAUCAAAAUGUUGGUUAUCUUGGUUUGGAAACAGUAUUGUGAUUUUUGUCCUGUAUAAACAAAGACAUAUUCUGCAGCCUACCGACUACCUCACAUUUAACCUGGCAGUGUCAGAUGCCAGUAUCUCUGUGUUUGGUUAUUCACGAGGCAUCAUUGAAAUCUUCAAUGUCUUCAGAGAUGACGGAUUCAUUAUCACAUCAAUAUGGACUUGCCAGGUUGAUGGUUUCCUGACACUUCUCUUUGGCCUGGCUAGCAUUAAUACCCUUACAGUGAUCAGUGUGACACGCUAUAUCAAGGGCUGCCAUCCUGAGAGAGGUUACUGCAUCAGCAACAGCAGCAUGUCGGUGGCGCUGGUCCUCAUUUGGGUGGCAGCUUUCUUCUGGUCUGCAGCUCCCCUGCUUGGCUGGGGCAGUUAUACAGAUCGCAUGUAUGGCACAUGUGAGAUAGACUGGGCAAAAGCCAACUUCUCUACAAUCUACAAGUCCUACAUCAUCUCCAUUUUUAUCUGCUGUUUUUUCCUACCUGUUACAGUCAUGGUCUUCUCAUAUGUGUCAAUCAUCAACACUGUCAAACUAAGCCAUGCAUUGACAGGACUGGGUGAUCCCACAGACAGACAGAGGAGAAUAGAGCGGGACGUCACCAGGGUUUCUAUUGUCAUUUGCACAGCCUUCAUUAUUGCAUGGUCACCAUAUGCUGUCAUCUCUAUAUGGUCUGCCUAUGGUCACCCUGUGCCCAACCUUACCAGCAUCCUUGCCAGUUUGUUUGCUAAGUCUGCUAGCUUCUACAAUCCCAUUAUCUACUUUGGAAUGAGCUCCAAGUUUCGAAAGGACAUUUUCAUCUUGUUCCAUUGUUCCAAGGAAGUCAAGGACCCUGUGAAGCUCAAACGUUUCAAAAACCUCAAACCAAAGCAGCCCCAGCCUUCUCAGAAAGAAGAGAAGUAUGCACCAGAAAUGCACCCAGCACCAAGCCCUGACUCCGGGGUGGGAAGCCCAACCAACACCCCCCCUCCAGCAAACAGGGAAGUGUAUUUUGGUAUUCUCGAUACGCCAUCCAACAACCCCAAUAUUGAAUGUGAUAGACUGUAAGUUUUGUGGCUGCUUAAUACAUACACACUUUGUGUUCAGGAAGACCCUCUAUAGAGCACUGCUUGAGUAAUUUACUAAUUCCCAUUCCAUCUGUUUCUUGCUAUAGCACUGAUGACUAUACAACUCAAGCAAAUCAGAUGGUAAAGGGAUAAUUUCCUUCUGUGUAGGUACAAAAUGCUCCAAAGAACAUUAAAAUGUGGGCAGCACACCCAGUGUCAGAAACAUUUGAUUUACCAUGCAUGCAGGAAAAGAAGGACUGAUUUCAGGAGAGCAGGCAUUAGCUAGCAAAAUUAACUAAUAUGUUCCUAUCCAAAUUCUAUCAAUUCUGGACUUUUGCACUUUAACAGUCACAGCCAUAGAUUAUUGUUGUAAUUCUGAGGUGCUUCACAGCCAUGGCUGUAGGAGAGGACUGGCCCUGCUAAGAUUGCUGUGGAGCUGCUACAGAUUCAAAGGCUGCAAGGUGGCAGAAAAAGCCAUGUUCCUCCUGCAGGGUACCCAGGUGGGGACACCAUAGGGAUCCCAGGCCCCACAGGCACCUCAUGGGAGUGUGUGUCAUUAUAGGAUCAGAGAAUACUUUGUGUUGGAAGGAGCAUUAUAGAUCAUCUUGUUUCAACCCCCCUGCCAUGGACAAGGACACCUUCCACUAGACCAGGUCGCUCAGAGCCC